AUGACGAGUGUCGAAGUGCAGGCUAUCAUAGAGGAUGAUAUUCCACUCGCUCAACGACAAUUGAGACCUGUAUUGGAAUUACCAACCCAACAUCAAAAACGUGUGAGAGAGUUGAAGAAGGCACUGAUCAACUUUAAUGGGCAAAAUAAGUUGAUUAAGAAAUUUCUCUCCAUCUAUAAAAACAAGGAAGUAGAGGUAACUGAGGUCACACUGAGAGUAAAUGAAUACAAAGAAAUUAUGAAGGGUAUUCGAGGAAUAUGUCAGGAAUUUGAACAGUUAGAUCCUGAGAACGAGCACCACUCUCCUGAAAGUAGGUAUGACAUCGAAGCGACAUAUUAUGACAAUCUCGCGGAAUUUGAGAGACUGGUAGCAGCCCCACGCGGAGAUUCGACCAGAGCUACGUCAGAACUUGAUAACGAAAGCCAAAAUCAUGAACACCACAACUGUGGACAAAGAAGAUUCAAAUUACCAAGUCCAGACUUACCAGUUUUCAAUGGAGAAUACGAGAAUUGGCUUUCAUUCAAGGGAGAAUUCGAAGCAGCCAUCCACAACCAGUCUGAUCUCAACCAGGUCGUGAAAUUUUCUUAUCUGCGAAGAUGCCUUAAGGGCUCUGCACUUGACAAGGUCAAAAUGUUGCCAAUAACAGGAGACAAUUAUGAGAGAGCCUGGAAUAUUCUUAACGAAAUCUACUCUAACGACCGACUCAUCAUUUCGAGACAUUAUCAAUUAUUAUUAAAUAUUCCAAAACAAACUGAAGAAACAGCAACAGGUCUCACCAAACUAGUGGAUGACACGAGGCAGCACGUCGAAAUGCUAAAAACUGUAGGAGUCAUCAUCAACGAUGAAACCAUCGUAGCUAUGGUGGAGAAUGUUCUCCACCCAACAACCAGCGAUGCAUGGGAGGAGACACUCACCAAGGGGGUGUUUCCUAAAUCUCAACAAUUAUUGGAUUUUUUAUCUCAGCGAGCAUCUCGAUUCAUCGUACGGGACAAUGCCAAAGUGAAAAAGGAAAAUAAAACAGAAACCAGUAUGCAUAAACAAAGCCUAAAACGACCACAUGCAAGGGCUUUCUAUACUACCACAGAGGCGAAAUGUGCAAUUUGUAAUCAAGAUCAACACCCACUUUACAAAUGCAAGAAAUUCCGAACUCUGAAUGUUCCAGGCCGCAUUCAAAUGGUAAAUCGUCAUUCAUUUUGUCCAAAUUGUCUGCGCACGGGUCACAGCAAGGAAGAAUGCCCAUCAAAACACAUGUGCUGGAGCGUGGUAUUGGUCAACAAUCAAGCUAGCAAUCAGAUGCUAAUCACAGCCAUCGUCAACGUGCUCGACAUCAAAAAACAAUCGAUCAGGGCGAGACUUCUCCUGGACACUUGUUCAACAACCAACUUUAUCACGGAAAACCUUGCCCACAGACUAAAAUUGCAGAGAAGGAAUUACUCAAUUCCUGUGAUUGGAAUCAAUGGACUCACCACGUACACCAAACACCAGGUAACAGCAACGAUCAAGUCUACAACCAACAGGUAUGAAAGAACGUUGACCUUCCUCACGAUUCCCAAAAUAUCCGAUCUCGUUCCAUCGGAAGGCUGCCCUCGUGAUUCCUUGAAAUUACCAAAGAAUCUGCGACUUGCAGACCCGUCCUUCUAUUCACCAGGAGCGAUUGAUAUGUUGCUGGGUUCAGGACCAACAUUAGCCUUACUUUGCGUGGGACAAUAUGUGAUUCCUCCUGAUUUAUAUCUCCAAAAAACUCAGCUGGGUUGGAUUGUGGGAGGCAGCGAUUCUAUUCCAAGCACCGAUACUGCUCAACAGACCUUCUGUCUCACAACACAGUUCAAUAUCGAGAAAUUCUGGAGACUUGAAGAAAUUCCUAAGCAAAAAUUCAUCUCUCCGGAAGAACAAGCUGCAGAAAAACACUUCAUGGACAAUUAUACCAGAGAUAGGACGGGCCGAUACGUAGUUGCCCUUCCAUUCAAGGAAUCAACACAGAAAUUGAGUUUGACCAAAGAAAUUGCACGCAAGCGCCUCCAAUCUUUGGAUCGAAAAUUCAUCCGGGACCCCCAGCUGAAGGAACAAUAUAGAGCAGUAAUUUCUGAAUACUUGGAACUGGGCCAAAUGACGAAGAUUAUUGACGAUAAUAAUGAAGGAUUUUAUUUACCCCAUCAUGCGGUAAUAAAAGAGACCAGUCUGACCACCAAAGUUCGAGUGGUGUUCGAUGGAUCAGCCAGCACUCCAGAAGGGCUAUCACUCAACUCUGCCUUAAUGGUAGGCCCGACAAUUCAAGAUGACAUCUUCUCUUUGAUCACUCGUUUUCGAUUCUACAAAUAUGUUCUAACGGGUGAUAUUGAGAAGAUGUACAGACAAUUUAUCAUUCGCCCCGAAGAUCGCAAAUACCAGAAAAUUUUAUGGUAUGACGAUGACAAUGAAAUAACAACUUAUCAGCUAAAUACAGUAACCUUCGGGCUAUCCUCAGCCCCAUUCUUAGCAAUCAGGAGUCUCCAGCAACUGGCUCGAGAUUACUCUGAUCAAUAUCCACUUGCAUCACAUAUUCUACAAAGGGACAUGUACGUAGACGAUUUGUUAACUGGCUUUUCUACAAAAGAAGCAGCCAGAGAUGCUCAAACCCAAGUAACUGAGUGCCUACAACAAGCAGGUCUCAAAAUACGACAAUGGGCAUCCAAUGACAUGAGCCUCUUGCAGCACCUACCUGCAGAGGAUAUCAAUAAAAAUCUCCAGCUUGACAGCAGUCAGGCUCUAAAGGCACUGGGGGUUUCUUGGAAUUCACAAGCGGACAACAUUUGUUAUUCCGUCAAACCAAUCAUUCAAAAUUCUACCACAGUUCAAUUACACGGUUUCUGCGAUGCAAGCGAGAGAGGAUAUGGAGCUUGCAUUUAUAUAAGAUCAAGCAAUGCUAAAGGAGAUAUCCAAACGUCUUUGUUGUGCUCCAGGUCGAGAGUCUCACCUCUGAAAACUAUUACGAUACCUAGACUAGAAUUAUGUGGAGCCUACUUACUUGCGCAACUCUACAAGGCUAUCAAAGAAGCUAUUGAAUUUCCAAUUUCCAAAAUUAUUUUUUGGAGCGAUUCUAUGGUCGCACUCCACUGGAUUGGUACCUCACCUCAUCAUCUGAAGACUUUUGUGGCGAAUCGAGUCUCAGCCAUCCAACAAGAAGCUCCAGGGAUCGAGUGGAGACAUGUCAGGUCCGAAGACAAUCCAGCAGAUGCAUUAUCAAGAGGACAACUACCAGGUGAAUUGGUGAACAACAAAAUAUGGAGGCAAGGCCCUGCAUGGCUGAUGCACCCAGAAGACACAUGGUGUUGGCAACCAAUAGUGCCACUAGAGAACGAUUCUGAGGUUAAAGUAGCUACCUGCCUUCAUAUCAUCACAGAAUUCAACUUAUUCACUCGCUACUCAUCGUGGAUCAAACUCAGGAGGCACGUCGCAAUCUGGCGGCGAUUCUUCCGGUUCUUGAUGAAGAAAAUCCCAUCAAAGGGGAUGAUCCAAGUGGGAGAAUUGAAGGAAGCACAGCUGGUGAUCAUCAGGGUAGUACAGCGCAGCUCGUUCUGUGAAGAAAUCAACUGGUUCAGCACUAACAAGACCAAUUCACAAUACAAAGGGAAACUUAAGACACUCAACCCAUUCGUCGACAAUCAAGGACUCCUGCGAGUUGGUGGCCGACUGCAUCAGGCUGAUAUUCCCUUCGAUCAGAAGCACCCAAUCCUGCUACCCAAAAACAAUCAUGUCACCAAUCUCAUCAUCCAAGAAUGCCAUUCCAUCCAACUACAUUCUGGAGUCCAGAAUACACUCCAAAGUUUAAGACAUCAAUUCUGGUUGCUAGAUGGACGAUCUCAAGUACGAAAAAUUAUUCGUCAAUGUGUACCAUGUCUCCGAGCUCGGCCACCUAUUCCUCAGUACACGAUGGGUAGUUUACCAGCCACGAGAGUCAAUGCAACAACACAUCCUUUUGUUCAUGUCGGAGUAGAUUACUGCGGGCCAUUCUACAUAAAAGAAACGAAGCUUCGAAAUCGUAAGGCCGUCAAGAUAUAUGUAGCAGUAUUUGUCUGUCUAACAGUGAAGGCAAUUCACCUGGAAGUUGUGAGUGACUUGACAACCGAAGCUUUCAUCGGAGCCCUGCGGAGAUUCAUCGGGAGGAGAGGUCGGCCGAUCCUCAUACAAUCAGAUAAUGGAACCAAUUUUGUGGGAGCGAAUAGUGAAAUGAAGAACAUAGUGGCAGAGCUCCAAACACCAAAAAGCCAGUACAAAAUCACAUCAGAACUCAGUGCUAAGGGAAUCAACUGGCGGUUCUCUCCCCCUCAAUCUCCUCACUUCGGGGGGAUUUGGGAGGCGGCUGUCAAGUCAUUCAAACAUCAUCUACGAAGAGUCAUGGGAUCACAACUGCUUACAUUAGAAAAAUUCUCGACCCUUACUGUGGAAAUCGAGGCUAUUCUCAAUUCAAGACCACUAUGUCCACUAUCCACUGAUCCGAAUGACUUGACAGCAUUAACCCCAGGCCAUUUCUUGAUUGGGAAAGAGCUCAUCAGCCUUCCAGAACAUCAUCUCCAAGACAUCAACACCAACCGAUUAUCUUCUUGGCAACACAUUCAAAAGAUGCGCCAAGAUUUCUGGAAACGCUGGUACAAAGAAUACCUCAAUGAGCUUAAUAUAAAGAAGAAGUGGACUUCUGGAGAACAUGACAUCACCAUGGGGUCCAUGGUAUUACUACGAGAUGAUAAUUUACCAUCCAUGGAAUGGAAGCUGGGACGAGUCGUCGAAAUCCAUCCAGGCAGAGACGACCACAUCAGAGUCGUCUCUGUGAAAACUAAAUCGGGUAUCUUGAAAAGGUGCAUCAAAAAACUCGUAUCACUGCCUCUCGCGACCUGGAGCCAACUCGCAGACGUGGAAGAAGGAAGCAAUAACAAGACAACACAAUGA